AAGGAUGUAAAUUAUGUUAUCAAUCGAUGAUGUGUUUCUCUUACAUAUUUGUGGUGACCAGAUUUCCGUUACAAACUGUAUAAAUAGUGGCUAUCUAACAGGUUAGAAAUCACCACAGCUUCCUAGAACCUUCAACCACCAGCUGAUAUCCUCUCCUGAUCUACCAGAUCAUCCUCAAGAUGAACACCUACAUCUGUCUUGCCGUUUGUCUUGUUGCCGCCGUCAGUGCUGCAGGGUAUGGAGGCGGUGCCGGAAGUAUGGGCGGUACUGGAAUGGGAGGAGGAAUGAACGGAGGCGGAGCCGGAGGUAUGGGCGGAGGAAUGAACGGAGGCGGAGCCGGAGGUAUGGGCGGAGGAAUGGGCGGGGGUAAAGGUGGAUUCGGAGGAAUGGGUGGAUUCGGAGGAAUGGGCGGCGGAAUGGGAGGCCAGGGUGGCUUCGGAGGAAUGGGAGGAGGAAAAGGUGGCUUCGGAGGAAUGGGAGGUGGAAUGGGAGGCCAAGGAGGAUUCGGAGGAAUGAACGGCGGAGGAAUGAACGGCGGUGGAAUGAACGGCGGUGGAAUGGGAGGCCAGGGUGGCUUCGGAGGAAUGGGCGGUGGAAAAGGUGGCUUCGGAGGAAUGGGCGGUGGUAAUGGAGGUUUUGGAGGAAUGGGCGGAGGAAUGGGCGGAGGAAUGGGCGGCCAAGGUGGAUUUGGAGGAAAAGGAUACUAAAUCUCCGGCUGAUUCUGCUUUCUCCAAAUGACAUGUAUAUGUUACACUACUAUUAAAAAUUGACUAUUGCAUUCAA